UAAGAGCAUUUAAGAUAAGGAGAGAGAACGAAAGAAGAAAAAACAGCAAACAAAUAACAAGAAGAGAAGUGUACCGAAAGCAAAACAAAAAAGGAAAGCGAAGGCGAAGUUAGGAGAAUAGAGAGGUUCUCCCUAUUUUCCUAUCUCUCUCUUUCGUUCUCUUCUUCCCUUGGGAAAAAGCAAAGAAACUCAGGAAAGAAAUGAAAAGGGAAGAAGAGAAUAGCAAUGGAGUCGAUGUGGGGUCCAACUCCAAGUUUCCGCUGAGCUUUUGGGAGGUUACGGCGGCUUCCACCGUGCUUUUGGGCUUCCUGUUUGGCCUAGUUGGUGUUUAUUUCACCAUGCCUGCAUCUGAUUAUAGCUUCCUUAAACUUCCUCGUAACCUCGAGGACCUUCAAAUCCUCCGAGAUCACCUUGAGAGCUACACGAGUGACUACACAGCACAAGUCCUGGUGGGGUACUGCAUGGUUUAUAUAUUCAUGCAGACGUUUAUGAUUCCUGGGACUGUGUUUAUGUCAUUACUCGCUGGAUCCCUUUUUGGAGUCUUCAGAGGUGUAGCACUGGUUGUCUUCACUGCUACUGCUGGGGCUUCUUCUUGCUAUUUCUUAUCAAAACUGAUUGGCCGGCCCAUUGUCUUCUCUAUUUGGCCUGACAAGUUAAAGUUCUUUCAAGCUCAGGUUGCUAAAAGAAAACAGGGGCUGUUAAACUACAUGCUUUUUCUAAGACUGACUCCAACAUUGCCAAAUACAUUUAUCAAUUUUGCCUCACCAAUUGUUGACGUGCCUUAUCAUAUUUUUUUCCUGGCAACCAUUAUCGGCCUCAUACCUGCGGCUUUUGUCACUGUCAGGGCUGGAUUAGCUCUUGGAGAGUUGCAAUCUGUAGGGGAUCUCUAUGACUUCCAAUCAAUUGCCACCCUAUUCUUCAUUGGAAUUGUCUCUAUUACUCCCACCCUGGUGAGGAACAAGGACUCGUAGCAUUCCACUGGCAGAACUUGGUUAGUGUACAUCAGCCCUUGCUCUCACAGCAGCCAUUUGGGUUUCGCUACAUUUCUGUAUAGAUUUGUAUUGAAUAAAAAGCAUGAUAUUGACAAUUCUGCAGCCACCGGAGAUGAUUAUGUGGGGAAAUCUAAUGCUGUGGAUGAGAUUUCUGCAUUGUGGCAUAUUUAAUAUUGGGAUUUCAGGGGCUUGGCGGUGGGGAGGGAGGGAAGAAGCAGGUUGGGUCGGGGGAUAUAAUGUUUAAAUUCAAUUUCAAUGUAAGAAUCAAUCUACAUUUUUAUAGAUGUGUAUAUUGUUGUUUGGAAACAGAAUGCAAUUACAGGCAUUCUCACGCUGUAGGUUAUUACCAUUGGUUUGUGUUUAGCAAAAAAAAGGAAAAAAAAAAAGUUUAAUUGGUUUGUGUUUUAUUACCCAAAAAAAAAAAAAAAAAAAAAAAAACCAAAGCUGUACUGGGAAAAUAUAUUUGUUUUAUAUGCUUUCAGCCAAAAACUAAAGGUAGGUUUUUAGGCUAAACAUCUAUAUAUGAUGUGAUGGCGUGUACUGGGAUCAGUGAUCGGUAUGGAAUAGACUGAUUGUUUGAUCAAGCUGUGUAAUGCCAGGGAAAUUCUGA